CUCAUCACUCCUCCUUUUCCAACAUGUCGGUGUUCGGGCCAGUGGUGAAAAUUCACCCCGUCGUUCUCGCCUCUAUCAGCGACUCAUACGAGCGGAGAAAUGAAGGAGCGAGUCGUGUGAUUGGGACCCUACUGGGUACAAUCGACAAGCACUCUAUUGAGGUGACCAACUGCUUCUCUGUUCCUCACAAUGAGUCUGAGGAUGAGGUCGCUGUGGACAUGGAGUUCGCCAAGAACAUGUACGAGCUCCACAAGAGGGUGUCACCCACUGAGGUCAUCAUCGGCUGGUACGCCACAGGCUUUGACAUCACAGAACACUCAGUGCUCAUUCACGAGUACUACAGCCGCGAGGCCACCAACCCCAUUCACCUAACUGUGGACACAGCGCUGCAGAGCGGCAAGAUGAACAUCCGCGCCUACGUCAGUGCACAGAUGGGCGUGCCAGGAAAGACAGUCGGUGUGAUGUUCACCCCGCUGUCUGUCAAGUAUGUCUACUAUGACACUGAGAGGAUAGGCGUGGAUCUCCUGCAGAGGACACGUGCAACUCCCAGUCGCACCAAGGGGCUGACCUCUGACCUGUCCCAGGUGGCUGGCUCUGCAGCCAGAGUACAGGACAUGCUGACCACCGUGCUGGCCUACAUCGAGGAUGUGCUGUCUGGCAAGGUGGCAGCAGAUAACAGCGUGGGCCGUUUCCUGAUGGACCUGGUCAACAAGGUGCCCACCAUCUCAGCCGAGGACUUCGAGAACAUGCUCAAUUCCAACAUUAACGACCUGUUGAUGGUGACCUACCUGGCUAACCUCACCCAAGCACAGAUUGCUCUGAAUGAGAAGCUGGUGCUGCUCUGAGGGAAUUUCUUUAAAGUGGUUCAUAUUUAAUUUUUGUACACUUUUUUUUUUUUCUUUUUUUUUUUGGCUGAGAUUAAUAAAGAUGUUAAACAGUCAUAAAGUGUUCAUUCCCCUUGGGCUUCAGGCAUUGUUAUACAGUAAUCACAGUUUAACACAAUUUGGCUAAUGAACAUUACAGGAAGGGUUGUAUUGCUAAUGUAAUCUGGUUUUUUGAAUUAAUGCUUCUGAGCCACACAUUAGACAGCUCCCAUUUACUGCUGUUAACUCUUGGUGUCACAUGUCUUUAACUCAAACUAGUCUGAACCUCAUUGUGUGCAUUACAGAAGUAAAACUUUUUGCAUCUAAGGUGUUUGAUAUAAUAUUCAGAAGUAUUAAAAUGUAGAUUUGUAGAGCUGCAAAUAUUUUCACUUUAAUCUUGUUUAUUUUCUCAAAUAAUUAAUUAUUCACUUGUUCUAGAAAAUGUAAGAAAGGAGGGAAAAGUGUCCUUAACAAUUUCCUAGAGGUCAAGGCAACUGUGCAAAAGCCAAAGACAUUCAGUUUAAUAUAAUGUAAGACAAGGAAGAGCAGCAAAUUCUCCUAUAAGAAGCCAGAACCAUCAAAUGUUUUGCCAUUUUUGCUUGAAAAAUGAUUAAUGAUUAAUUCUCAAAUAAGUUGCAGAUUAAUUCAGUUAACUAAUAAACUUGUUUCAGCU